GCACCAUCAAAAAACGGUCUCUAGUCCGACGCGCAAGGGCAACCAUGAGCUCGGCCAUGAUGCGAAUCAACGAGUUGCAGACGGAAUAUGACCGUACGCAGAAGAACAAGGCGACAAUGAAGCACUUGUGCUUGAUCAAGGCGAAGAUCGCCAAGCUUCGUCGCGAAGUGCUGGAAGGCGGCAAGUCUGGUGGUGGCGGGGGCGCUGGCGAAGGAUUCGACGUCAACAAGUCGGGGGACACGCGCGUGGGUCUGGUGGGGUUUCCGUCGGUGGGCAAGUCAACCCUUCUGACCAAGCUCACAGGCACGUUCUCCGAAGCCGCGUCGUACGAGUUUACGACGUUGACGGCGAUUCCCGGCACGGUCAACUACCGCGGCGCGCGCAUUCAAAUCCUAGAUUUGCCUGGGAUUAUCGAAGGUGCCAAGGACGGCAAGGGGCGCGGCCGACAGGUCAUGGGGACAGCGCGCACGUGCAACGUGAUCCUCAUGGUGCUGGACGCGAUGAAGCCCGCGACGCACAAAAAGUUGAUCGAGCACGAGCUGGAAGGGUUCGGCAUCCGCUUGAACAAGAAGCCGCCCAACCUGGUACUGCGCAAGAAGGACAAGGGCGGGCUCAACUACACGGCGACCGUCGACCAGAGCGAGCUGGACCAGGAGACAGUCGCGCAGAUCCUCAAGGAGUACAAGAUCCACAACGCCGACGUGACCCUUCGGGAGGACGUGACCGCCGACGAGCUGAUCGACGUGAUCGAAGGCAACCGCGUGUACAUUCCGUGCCUGUAUGUGCUUAACAAGAUCGACCAGCUCACGAUCGAGGAGCUGACAAUCAUCGACCAGCUGCCGCACAACGUGCUCAUCUCGGCGCACCACGGGUGGAACAUAGAUGAGCUGCUCGAGAAGAUCUGGGACUACGCGAGUAUGAUCCGCAUCUACACCAAGCCCAAGGGCCGGCAGCCCGACUACAACGAGCCCGUCAUCUUGCACGACGCGGCGCCGUCCAUCGAGGACUUCUGCAUGCGCCUACACAAGUCGAUUCUCAAGCAGCUCAAGUACGCCAAUGUGUGGGGACUCAGUGUCAAGCACCAGCCGCAAAAGGUCGGCAAGGAACACAUUUUAAUGGACGAAGACAUUGUCCAGCUCGUCAAGAAGAACUAACCAGCUACAGUACCUAUAUAAGUUUGCUGUGUGGUAAACACGAGUUGGGUUCUUC